UGCGUUGGCGAGGAGCGUCCAGACUUUGCGCACACCGACUUAAGUUUUGAGUUCAGUUCAAGUUUAACUUCCAGAGUCUCCAGUUAUCGAGUGUUUGAUCACGAUCAACGAAGAGGAAUGAGAAGAAGUAAAAUAGAAAGCUGGACUGGAUGUGACUCAUAAAAGCUAUGCUCCUGACUGUGACUUACUGACUGGGAGUGCGCUCCUCCGGGCUGGUGGAUUUAUGGUUGACUCAAACACCCAUAACAUUUGUGUUACAAUUUGCUUCGGUGGAGCUAAUUCAUAACCAUUGUGAUGGAGAGCCACAUGUUGUUGACAUGGAUUCUGUCGUGUUUGCUCCUGCGGCCGUCGGCUACACAGGACCCCGUACCUGAAGGAGUGCUGAACUGCUGCGAGGGGGAUGUCCUCUUCUUACUGGAUUCCUCGGGGAGCGUGUCAUCCUACGAGCACUCCCGCAUGCUGUCCUUCCUUUCUGAGCUCCUCCUCCCCUUCUCGCUGGGAGAGGACCAGGUGAGGGUGGGACUUCUGCAGGUGGGCACCAAACCACGCCUUGAAUUUGGCUUCAACACCUUCAGCACCCAAAGUGGCCUCCAGGGGGCUUUGAGGAACACCAAACCUCUCAGGGGAGAUACCAACACUGUGGAAGCACUGAGAAUUGCAGAGGAGUGGGUGCUCAAACCCGGAACAGCAGAUGGGGCCCGGGCGGGGAUCCCGAGAGUGCUGGUGUGGUUGACAGAUGGGGUAAAACCAGGGGAUGUUGUUGGACCAAUGUCUAAGCUGCGGGAGGAGGGCGUGGCCGUGCUGGUGGUCUCCACUGGGCAUGGCAACUAUCAAGUGUUGAGGGAGGUGGUGAGUCCACCUGUGGAAAACCACUUGUACUUUGUGGACAUUGAUGAUAUGAGCAUCAUCACAGGGGACCUGCGGGAUGCCAUCAUUGAGAUAAUCCUAGCUAAACGAAUCCAUGUUCGGGAUGUCUCCACCAACUCUGCCACACUCCAGUGGCGACCUGUUCUUUCUGGUUUGACGGGCUACUACGAGAUCCGCUUUGGUCCAGUUCCGACAGGAGACACAGGUAGUGGUGGGCAAGGUGGACCUGGGACAAGUCCAAGCACCGGUGUCAGUCAUUAUCAGAGGCUUACCCAGUCUGCCGAUUCCAGCACCGUCAGGCUAACGGGCCUGAAGCCCGACACCACCUAUAAUGCCACACUGAUCCCGGAGUCCAAUGAACAAGCGUUUAGGCCUCUCUCUGUCGCCUUCACAACAAAGCCAGAGGUGCUGAGCCCAACCACAAUAACAGUCUCUGAGUCAGGACACACCAGUGUUCGGGUGAGUUGGGGUCCUCUUCAGCCAGAAACGGUCACAAGUUACCACAUUGAAUACUCUGCCCUGCCCAGGGGCAAGCCCCACGCUGUCACGGUGAGCAGAACGCAAAACUCUACACUCCUCAGAGACCUCCAGCCAGAUACCACUUACUUGGUCACUGUAACCGCCCGGCACGCCUCAGGCAAGGAGAAGGCCAUGUCCGUCAAAGUGUGUACUCAGGAAGUGACUCCAGCCCUGGCAGACCUCCAGCUGACCACAGUGGGCAGUGACUCAGUGCAGGUCGACUGGAAGAGUAGCAUGACUGGUUUGAAGGGCUACUGGCUCACCUGGGAGGGACAGCAAAGCCCCGCCCCUGGCCAACGCUCCUCCCUCUAUUUGCCACCUGACUCUUUGUCAACGCGCCUCACACACCUCCCCCCAUCAGCUAGAGUAUGUGUGUCACCCAUUUACCGGACGGCGCGAGGGGAGGGAUUGUGUUGCACGGCACAGUUUUAUUCAGAUGCAUUCGCAUAUGGCUACCAAUCAUAGCACCCCUGAACUGCAAGUGCACCUUACCAAACAUGGAGGGACAAUGGCAAGAAGAAUGCUAACUUUCAUCCAUAAUUCUUUUGCGUGCCUCUCCCCUCUGUGCACAUCGUCCAGGAGAGAUGUGUGGUUUGGCUUACUCAGCACUCACUCAUGUGGAAGCUAUAACCAUUUAAGAGUGGUCUGGGACAAUAUGGCUACAUGUAGACUGUUACACAGAGGACUAUUUGCUUUUCAGUUUCUUAAUGUCUCAUCUGGUUUACACCUGUAGUCAAUAUAUAAUGCUUCAGUUUAAAAUGCAAGCUUAAGAUACAGUUGUGUUUUGGUCUGUUUUGUAUAUACAGAGCACGGCAUGCUGGGAAUGUUGGAUAUCUUAUGUGGCUUGUUUUGGAGAAGGGCUUUGCUCCAUAUGUGGGCCUCAUGCCCAAAUCAGCUUUUUUUUUUUUUUUUAAAUCCUGCUAACGCACAGAAAACAUCUGAUUUACAUUUAUAAUAAACACUUGUACUUAAAUGACUUCUCUUUCAGCACAUGCUUGAAAAUAUUGGAUACUUAUGCGUGCACACUGGAGUGCUACAAGGGAACAUUAACAUGCAGUCCCUAAUAACAGGAUCUUCAGGACUGCUUUGAACUUUCAAGAAAUCGCAAACAGACCAGCCAUAUGCCCUGAAACUACGGAGAUGCUGCAUAUUAUACAGAUGUGUGUAACUGAGACUAGAGUUGUAUUGUUCUCUGGACAUAGAUCCAUCAUUCAUAUUUAUCUAUUAAGAAUCAUGUAAGUAUGAGAACAAAUAGCGUACAGUAUUUUUAGAAACAUGGUGUUUGCAUUUUAAGACUGUUACCUUUUUUUAAGCAAGUCUUUGCUGCCCCCUGCUGAGAGGAUCCUUACAGUCUUAAAGCUGAUCUUUUACUGUUAACCUUUUACUGUUAACCUGUUAAUACUUGUUUUAUUUCUUUAUUGUAGUAAAAUCUUGCAUUGUAGACUGAGAUUAGGGCAAUAUCUUGACAAACAGGCUUUAUUUUUAGAGUUUGACCCAUUGUAAUUCUUUUUCCAAUCACCUAUUGUAAAUGAAAUGCAAAACUAAACUAUUAAAGUGCCCCUUUAAAUCCUGA